AUGGCCGAAAAUACAGGUUGUUCUGAAGUCUGUCCACCUCUCACUUUAAGCAGUGCUGAUGCCGUCCUCCUGAGACAUUUCAUUUUAAGCCAGUAUUCUGUUCAUCUGUCUAUCGAUAACCUUCCUUGCGGAACCAAAGUGUCUUCUGAUAACGGAAAAAACUUUCGAUAUGAGCACGGAUACAGACUUGGGUCAGUUGUCGAUGGAGUGGCCUAUGUUAAUAAUCACCUAAAGUUUAUACUGCAAUACCACCAAACUGAUGAUAUUUCCGAAAAAAACCUGCACAUGGAGAAUGGGGUGUGCAAAGAUUUAGAUUCAGAUAUGUCGAUUGCCAAUUGGAAAAAGAUUGACGGAAAGGAGACCGUAAUACAUUUUACCAGCGAAGUUGUUUGGGAACCAUCAGACAUAAAAUGGGCUUCGCGCUGGGACAUCUAUCUCAAAACAGCAAGUGGCCAAUUACAUUGGUUUUCAAUCAUUAACUCUGUGGUUAUUGUACUCUUUCUUACCAGUGUCAUAUUCAUGAUACUUAUCCGAACUUUAAGGAAGGAUAUUGCCAAAUAUAACCGCAGUGAUGAUGUAGAGGAUAUUUUAGAGGAAUCAGGAUGGAAAUUGGUACAUGGAGACGUUUUUCGACCGCCACGACAUACGCGAUUAUUCACAGCAUUAUUUGGAUCUGGUGUCCAGUUGUUCUUUAUGGUUUUCAUUGUAAUAUUUUUUGCUAUGCUCGGGACAUUGUCACCAGCUUCUCGCGGUGCACUUAUGAACGCAGCCAUAUUCACAUACGUGUUUAUGGGACUUUUUGCUGGAUAUUUUGCUGGAAGAUUGUAUAAGACCUUACGUGGGCCAUUUUGGAAGUCGACCGCAGUAGCCACCGGAUUGCUUUUUCCAGGAAUCGUGCUUGUAUUUGGACUGGUAAUAAAUACUUUUAUCUGGUACAAAGGAUCUUCUGCAGCUAUUCCAUUCACUACACUGCUUGCGCUGUUGUCAUUAUGGCUCGGGAUUUCAUUACCGUUAAUUUAUAUCGGAUUUUUCUUUGGUUAUAGAAAACGUGGAUUUGAACAACCUAUUCGCACUAAUCAAAUUCCUCGAGCAGUUCCUGACCAAAGAUUUUGUCAUAAUUUGUUACUAUCUACACUUUACUCUGGAGCUCUACCAUUUGGUGCAGUCUUUAUCGAAGUUUUCUUUAUAUACAAUGCUAUCUGGGAGAGUCAGUUCUACUAUUUGUUCGGAUUUUUAUUCGUUGUAUUCAUCAUAUUAAUUAUUUGUUGUGCACAAGUAGCAGUUGUUGCUACGUAUUUUCAGUUAUGCAGUGAAGAUUAUCACUGGUGGUGGCGCACUUUCAUUACAUCUGGUGGAGCGGCAGUUUAUCUGUUCGGAUAUUCGUUCUUCUACUAUUUGACAAAGCUUAGUAUAACUGAAUUCGUUCCUACAAUUAUAUACUUUGGUUAUAGUAUAUUAAUGGUGAUCGCAUUCUGGAUCCUAACGGGAACAAUUGGUUUCACUUCUACAUUCAUAUUUCUGCGACAUAUCUAUUCUGUCAUCAAAAUAGAUUAA